UUUCAAGAUGGUGACAUUUUGAAGCUUUAGUGGUGUGAUCUGGUCAAUAACUUAUCAGUUUUGGAGAAUUCACGUCACCUAGUUAAAUAGUUCAAAUAGUUCUGAGAUGUCACUAGUUCUGGAAGAAGUGUGGAAUGAAGCAACAUCAGGUCUGCCAAAAAAUGUAACUGAUGAAUGGUGGACUAAGAUAUUGCAGAAGUAUAGUGAAGAUGGAAGGAGUUAUCAUAAUAUUCAGCACUUGGAAGAGAAGUUUGACCAAUUGAAAACAGUGAAACAAAUUUUGAAAAAUGCAAACGCAGUUAUAUUGGCUACCUUCUUCCACUAUUAUGAAUAUGAUCCCAAAGCAGUGGACAGUGAGGAAAAAAAUUCCGAACAUUUCAGUAAAUUUGCUGACGAGUGUGGCAUCCCUAAUGAGAGCCCUCUUCGCAGUGCAGUUGUGGAUCUUCUCCAUGCAGCUGCCACACACAGUACAGACGCACACAAGACAGAUGGGAUGUAUGGUAAUGAGGACCUGCACUUCUUUUUAGACAUUGAUAUGGCAGUUCUGGGGUCAAGCCCAGAGCAUUACUCUGAAUACAUAGCUAAAGUUCAACAGGAAUAUGCCUUCUUACCAGAGACUAUAUACAGAAGUCUCAGGCUUAAGGUCCUACAGAGUUUUUUACAAAUUCCAAACAUAUUUGCCAGCAGAGAAUUUCGAGAAAAGUUUGAGUCUAAAGCAAGAGCUAACAUACAGAAAGAAGUGGACUCUUUGAAACGUUGAGUUUGUCUGAUUUCUGGUAAAAUGCCCAUAAUGCUGUCUUUCAAGUGUUAAUGAUCUUACAGUGUUCAAGACAGAGUAAUUAAUAUUACAUUAAUAUUCUAGUCUGCUCUCUAUUUACAGUGGUAGUAAUCUCUUAUGACAACCUGUGUGUUCAUCAUACAUAUAAAGUAUUUCUUUGUAGUGUUGGCUAUGCCUUCUGAUAAUGGCCAGUAGUGGCCAAAAUAUGUAAAGGCAAUUUUUUGUAUUAAACCUGUUGCACAUGAUGGA